CUCAGCUGUAAAAGGUGGGAUAUUCGUCGAUCUCACUCUAAACAGGACUUUUAAUACGCCUCUUUACUGAUCUCUGCUGGACAUUUGUGGAAUAACAUCUUGACAACCAGAGACGAUGAACAAGCAGAUAUAUAUCCACUAUAACUACACAGGGAAGCUGGAAAACCGUCAGAAUGGAAAAAUCACAGGUGGUGGCGUCACCUUGGAUGCUAAAACCAUCGUGUUCCUCAUCAUCUGUUGCUUCAUAAUCCUGGAAAACCUGAUUGUUCUAGUAGCAAUAUGGAAAAACCACAAGUUCCACAACCGCAUGUACUUCUUCAUAGCCAACCUGGCAUUGUGUGACCUUCUGGCUGGGGUGGCUUAUAUCGUCAACCUCCUCAUGUCAGGGGAGAAGACCCUUCACCUGUCCCCAGUGUUGUGGUUUGUGAGGGAAGGGAGCAUGUUUGUAGCCCUGGGGGCUUCCACAUUCAGUCUCCUGGCUAUAGCUAUAGAGAGACAUCUGACCAUGAUUAAAAUGAGGCCCUACGACGCCAAUAAGAAUUACAGGGUGUUCUUGCUCAUAGGGACCUGCUGGCUCAUAGCGAUAUCCCUGGGAGCAUUGCCCAUCCUGGGGUGGAACUGCUUGGACAACCUCCCUGACUGCUCCACAGUCCUACCACUCUAUACCAAGAAGUACGUGGCCUUCUGCAUCAUCAUCUUCAUGGCCUUGCUGCUGGCCAUGUCCGUCCUGUACAUACGCAUCUACAUGUUGGUGAGGACCAGCAGUCGCAAUGUGACGAAGCAUUCAAACUCAGAGCACUCCAUGACCCUCCUCCGUACUGUCAUCAUCGUGGUCGGCGUCUUCAUUGCAUGCUGGAUGCCCAUCUUCGUCCUCCUCCUCAUCGAUGUGGCCUGCGAGCACCGCUGCUGCGCCAUCCUCUACAAGGCCGACUACUUCAUAGCCCUGGCCGUGCUCAACUCUGCCAUGAACCCUGUUAUCUACACCUUGGCCAGCAGGGAGAUGAGGAGAGCCUUCUUUAGCUUGGUCUGUGGCUGUCUGAUGAAGGGGAAGGUCUCCAUUAGCGGUGAGCCCAAUAAGCCCAAUAACCUGGAGCACAGCAGGAGCACAGCUGGAGCACAGCAGGAGCACAGCAGGAGCACAGCCCAUAAUAAUCCUAACAACCACAGCAGGGCAGAUGAGCAGCAGAAGGACAGGGACAGUAGUCGGAAUAUUAUAGUGGCACAGACCUUGAUAAAGAGUACAACAUCAUCGUGCGUCAAUGUGGCCAAUGGAGAGGAGGGUUGAGGUUUUCUGGGCCCUGACCCUCCAUAUCCGAAUCAAUCUGAGUGGACACAAGAGACUACGAAGUGUGGCAACGCGAGACAUUGUAGCCCUAUGCUGUGCAUAGGAUGGAGAGACAUUGAAGGACUAUAAUGUAACUAUACUGAAAAAAUAUAUAAACGCAACAUGCAUAGUGUUGGCCCCAUGUUUCAUGAGCUGAAGUAAGAGACCCAAAAUUUUCCAUGCACACAAAAAGCUUAUUUCUCUUAAAUUUUGCACACCAAUGUGUUUACAUCCCUGUUAGUGAGCAU